GAUUAUCACGGAUUCUGAAUAAGAAAUGGAACAAACAAAAAAAAAUGAUAGCAAAAGGAGAUGGAAAAACAAAAACAAAAAAAUGGUCAUCUAAUAUAUUGGAUGAAAAUCGUACCUGGCACCCUGUUCCGGCUUGCUCCUAUAAAACAGCGACGCAUCAAUUUCUUAACACAUUCAUCAUGAAGGUGAGUUCGUAAAGUCAUAUGAAGGCUGUUGCUGUUAUUGUGCUAAUUUUAUUCCUACUGUUAUAUUACCACUUUUAUUAUCGUGUUUCGUUUAUUCGUUCCUUUAAUCUCUGUUUUUGGAAUAUGCAUAAUGAAAUACAUAAGCGAGUUUAUAGCCUGAAUAAUUCCAGAUGAACUGGUACAUUUCACUUUCACAUUUAGAUAAGCCCUCUCUUUCAAGCAAGCAUAGUACCUUUAGAUCAGCCUUUCAUUUCAGAUUAUUGUAAGAAAGCCUACUAGCUGCUUAUGUUGCCCUGGGGAAAUAUUUUCCUUUCCCAGUAUGAUGAACAGUCCCUUUCUGUUCCAGGCGGUGGUCGUGCUGGUUGCAUUGCUGGGGGCGGUUGCCUCGGGGCAGGAGGUGGACCUCGACCUCUCCCGCGGCCCCGCUGACGCAGACAGCAGCAUCCAGCUCGACUCCCGAGGGGGAGUUGCGACCUUCCAGGGGGCUUUCCCGAAGGAGGGUCUUCUGGCCGUCCACGAGAGGCUGGCGGAGAGCUACGAGAACGAGGCAGAGGAAGCGAGAAGGAUCUUCGACGAGACGCAAGAACCGGUGGAGCAGGUGGCGCCCUACCAGUGGGCAUACGAGGUCCACGCCGCGUCCACGGGCGACCAGAAGAGCCAGGUGGAGCGCCGCGAGGAGGACGGGGUAGUGCGUGGCUCCUACUCCCUGGUGGAACCCGACGGUUCCCGCAGGACCGUCACGUACGUUGCCCAUCCCGAAGAGGGCUUCCAAGCAACCGUGGAAACUGAGCCCAGCGCGCAGGGCCUUUCCCUCCAGAACCCCGUGUCAGACGCAUCGCAGAAUUCCUUCCAGGUUGCCCCGACGCAACAGCAAGGCUAUUCUGUUUCUCAGUACCAUGGCGGUAACCGCCACCUGGGACACCUACAGCAGAUUAAUAACAGGCAACUACAGCUUGGCAACCAAAGACAAUUCCCAAACUUAUUCCAACAGCAACAAUUCAAUAAUCAGCAUCAGAGGCUUCAGCAGUUGCAGGGAUUUGGUAAGCAAGAAUUGAUAUACAAUGCACAGCAGCAGCAAAACUACGGCAGAUUGCACCUACAGUCCUCAAGGCAGCCUCAAUUUAUUAACCAAUACGGAAAUCAAGGCCAAGGUCAGUUCAAUAAUCAGAACCAAUACGCACUGCAACAGCAACGGUUCAGGCAGCAGCAACAACUUCUGAAUCAGCAAAGACUGCAACAACAACAGUUUCUGAAUCAACAAAGGCUGCAACAACAACAACAGUUUCUAAAUCAGCAACGGCUACAACAGCAGCAGCAGUUCCUAAGCCAACAACGACUGCAACAGCAGCAGCAAUAUAACCAACAACUGCAACAGCAGUAUGAAAGACGCAGGUCACAGAUAAUCAAACUGCAGCCAAAGGUCGGUACACUUCCCCCGAUAUUCGGUCACCAGCGUCAGCAUGGCGGACAUCAGCAGCACUUCACACAGCAGCAACAGCAGUACUUUACACAGCAACAGCCAUUUACCGGACAGCAGCCGAGAUUCAGGUCUCAUCAGGCCGCUGCCUCGAGUUCAACACAGAGUGAAGUGGCCCUCCAGGGCUCGAGUACCGGCCCGGUGGAAUACGCCGUGGUGCCUGUCACACUCCAUCGUAUUAAUCAGUAACUUCUGCUUCUCCCUCGUUCUGUUCCGUAUUCUCUUCUGUGGCAAGGGGAAAGAGAAUCCAGGAAAUAAGGUUGUCGGCGCACACAUGACCAAUAGGUCGCCUUUUUUGUCCAGCAAGAUGAAAAAAAUAGUUAUAAAAAGUGGUUGUCAGGG